AGGGGAGAUAAACAAAUGAAGUGAAACUAACCGACUAAAAACGAAUAAGCCCGAAUAGAAUCGAGCAGACUUCGAGUAUGUUCGGUAUUGGACGCGAGCCUCAUUCAUCGCGCCUCCUCGGUUGAGUGUUGUGAAAUAAUAUCGUUGUGUGGUGUUUUUUUUAUUUCUUCGACAAAUACGUAUAAAUUAGCAUUCCCGCGUUGUACUAGGAUCAGUAGUACGAAUAUAUUAUCUUUAGCUUUGAAUUUGUUUUGAAAACAAUUUUAUGAAAAAUGGCGGUUGCGAGCGACGCUCUAUAUAACACGAGGAUGGCGUCUUACGUAUCGUCUAGCGCGUAUUACGGUUACGUACCUCUCUGUACAAGAGAAAAUAUGUUUGAUCAUAUUAAUGAGUGUAAUAGCGACAGCAGUGCACCUAGUAUCGCGAGUAACCAUUACGGUUCAGCUAUGGAAACGGAUGAUGAUGAAUAUGACUAUUCUGCGGCGUCAUGCCGUCUGAAUAACCAUUACGUGAUUCCAGAGACGUCGUUGAGGAGGUGGCACGAGGUCGACAAUAGACAGCAAUACCAUUGUUUAUCAUCGACGGAGCAACAACAGGCGGUCCAUGGCGCCGACACGACGCGACGCAGGAACCGGAAACGAUCCAAUAACGAUAGCGGUUCAACUAUAGAAUUGAAAAAAUGUCGUAAAGGCAGCUGCGUUUACUAUGGUACAGGGAAUGCAAAGAACUAUGGAUUGGCCACAAUGCAUUAUGAGUCAACGUCAUUAUGCUUAAAUUCUAUCAACGAUAAAACCUUGGAUCAUUCCUUGGUUAUGACUGAAAGCUGCUGCAGGGCAGCAGGUAAUCAUAGUUUAAUAUGUAAUGCAGAUUAUAGACAUUUAUCACCAAGCAAUGGUUCUAAGUCGAGUGACAGCAGUGUGGAACUUGGGGAAUUAUUGUUCGAGACUCAUGGAUGCUCCAUAUAUCAUCAUUAUAGACAACAACAAUUUGCAAAACAUGAUAUUGAAACGGAAUUUUAAUUAGGUUCUUUAACUUAAACCGUUUUUCAUAUCUUUUCACAUUACAUUUGUAUUGAAGACCAUAUUCUUUGUUACAUAUUUAUAUCCUCUCCCCAAUAUGUCAUUGCUCUGUUCGUGUGGAUCAAAAUAAAUAUUUACUUUUUGAUAGAUAAAA